UUGGUGAAGGUGGUAAUGAUAUUGGGAUACUUUCUUCUUACUUUUUGUUGGCCAGGUCUAUAGGUCUUUCCUUAGUAAACUGAAUUGAGUUCACGCAGUCUCGUCUAACAUUUUUUGCUUGAGCAAGCAUACUGGUCUUAGAAAUAAUUCUGAUGGAGAUUUUUUUUUGCAAAAGCAGGUACUUUUAUUUAUUAUAUUUGAAGUUGGAAAGUGAAAAGGGAUGUUGAAAAUCUGUGUGAACGUGUAAGUGGGGUUGUCAAUUACGAACUGAAAUAGUACGUUGUAUAUAUAUAUAUAUAUAUAUAUAUAUAUAUAUAUAUCUAGAGAGAGAGAGAGAGAGAGAGAGAGAGAGAUCUGUAUCCAUGGAUAGAAGGGUGUACAGGUGUGCUGUUGAUGGGGACACAGCUGCACUGGUUGAGCUUGUAAGGGAAUACGAACUCAUCUUAGAAAGAGUUCUAGUGGACUGUGAGGAUCCUAGCGGCCGAACCCAGGUGUCUGCAGGAGGUGACUGCCCAAGGAGAGACGGCCCUGCACUUGACUGUCCGGAAUAACAGGGUGGAACUACUGAGGUACUUCUUGGAUAGGGAAGACAUCGGGGGCCUUGUGAGCAAAAGGGACUGUCAUGGCAAUACCAUCUCGGAUUUGUCUUCAAAAGGCAACAACUAUGAGAUAAUGGACGCUCUUGAAUCGAACCCAAACCUGCUGGAAGGCGGCUGGAGUUUCAGUGGUGUUGCACCUUUUCACAGUUCAAGGUCGCUGGAUGUGGAGAGCCGACAUUGUUGUGCUGUUUCGCCUGGUGAAGGAGUGCAAAUCGAAGCUAGGCUGAGCGAGAAGAGAGGGGCGAUGAUGAUUGUGAGCGUGCUGAUAGCAACGCUGAGUUACCAGGCCGCCCUCAACCCUCCUGGUGGCUCCUGGCCGGAUAACAAAUCUGACUCCGCAUCCACUGCCGCCUUACUAGCACCCUUCCCCCCUGCGGUUGUCGUUGGAGAUGAACACACUGCAGGCACAGCAAUCAAUGCUACACGCUUCCCCUACGCAGCCUUUGUUGUGUCUAAUGCGGUGGGGUUAUUUGCAUCACUGGCCACCAUCUUGCUCUUGACAACCGCCAGAACCAUUAAGCGGCCGAUCAUGAUGUGGGGGUUGAUCUUUAUUAUAUGGGUCUCCGUCUUCUCAGUUGCGUUGAGUUUCGUCUUCGGAUUAAUGUUGAUCGCACAUGACAUGCCGUUGAUUGUAUCUCAGAUUUUUUUGUCGUGCAUGGGGCUAUUUGCCAUACUGCUCAUAUUGCCGACGGCGAUAUGCGUGAGGAAGCUUAUAGGAUGGGUAAGGAAACAACUGUCAUGCCGUAAAACAGUUUAAUUGACUUGUGUGCUGCCCCGGAGUGUUUGGAAUAUGAUGAACUCUUUUGAUAUGUGACUUAUAACAUGGGGAUGCAUAUAUAAUUGCGAGUAUGUCUAAGAGUUGUUCAAACAAGCG